AUGACAUUAACCUUAUUCACAAACAUGAACCGCAUUGACACACUUCUCAAUGCACCAAACACCAAUACCAAACACAACAAAAGAUGGCACAAUGCUUUCAUCACUAUCUAUUGUUCUAGAGCUUUCACCAAAAAACCUAAAAUCACACCCACAGCAUCUUUCACUGUCAUUGAUUUCAAUUCACCACACUCUUUUACCAUUGAUCAACAAACUCUCAUUGAUAUUGUCAAAGACAAAAACAUUGAAACCCUUCAUACACAUUCGGGAGGAGUUCAAGGUAUUGCUUCAUCUCUCAAAACCAAUACCGACUUUGGUAUUAAUGAUGGUUUUGAAAACAUUGCACUCAGAAAACAAGUGUUUGGUUCCAACACAUACAAUAAACCACCUUCUAGAACUUUCUUCCAUUUUGUUCUUGAAGCAUUUAAGGAUGUCACAAUUCUGAUCCUUUUGGUUUGUGCUACUCUUUCACUUGCCUUUGGCAUCAAGGAACAUGGAAUCAAAGAAGGUUGGUAUGACGGUGGUAGCAUUUUUCUAGCUGUUUUCAUUGUUAUUUCAAUGUCAUCCAUAAGCAACUUCAAACAAAACAAACAGUUUGAUAAAUUGUCUCAAGUUAGCAGUGAUAUUCAAAUUGAUUUGGUUCGAAGUGGUCGUCGACAAAAGGUGUCCAUCUUUGAGAUUGUUGUUGGUGAUAUUGUUUGUUUGAAGAUUGGCGAUCAAGUACCGGCCGACGGAUUGUUUGUAGAUGGACAUUCACUCAGAGUGGAUGAAUCCAGCAUGACCGGUGAGAGCGAUCAUGUAGAGAUCAGUAAACACCAUCAUCCUUUUUUGUUUUCCGGAACAAAAGUUGCUGAUGGAUAUGGAAAAAUGCUAGUUACAUCGGUCGGUAUGAACACAACAUGGGGACAGAUGAUGAGUUCUAUAAGCAAUGACAAUGAUGAAGAAACACCUUUGCAGGCAAGGUUGAAUAAGCUAACAUCAUCCAUCGGAAAGGGUGGUUUGGCUGUCGCGUUUUUAGUCCUUGUUGUAUUGCUGAUUCGAUAUUUCACCGGGAACACAGAGACUGAUAACGGAGUUCGUGAAUUUAACGGAAGAAAGACUAGUUUUGAUGAAGUGAUGAAUGCAGUAAUCGGAAUUAUUUCUGAUGCUGUCACUAUUGUUGUCGUUGCUAUCCCAGAGGGUUUGCCAUUAGCUGUGACUUUGACUCUUGCUUAUUCUAUGAAGAAAAUGAUGGCGGAUCAAGCUAUGGUCAGAAAACUUUCUGCAUGUGAGACUAUGGGAUCUGCAACGACUAUUUGCACCGAUAAAACAGGUACACUCACUUUGAAUCAGAUGAAGGUGACGAAAUUUUGGCUUGGUCUAGAACCAUUGGAAGAGGGUGCAUAUUCAAAUGUUGAUCCAUUUGUUCUUCAAUUGAUCAAAGAAGGAGUUGCUCAUAAUACAACUGGUGGUGUUCAAGAAUCUAAAGCAGACUCUGAUUCAAAAUUUGAGUUUUCUGGUAGUCCAACAGAAAAGGCAAUAUUAUCUUGGGCUGUUUUGGAGUUGAAUAUGGAGAUGGAAACUUUGACAAAAAGUUGUUCUAUUCUUCAAGUUGAGACUUUUAACUCAAAGAAGAAAAGGAGUGGAGUUUUGUUGAGAAGAAAUAUUGACAACAAAGUUAAUGCACAUUGGAAAGGAGCAGCAGAGAUGGUACUAAGAAUGUGUUCAAAAUACUAUGAUAGUUAUGGUGUUGUGAAAUAUCUUGACAAAGAAACCAUAUCAAAAUUCGAAAGCAUUAUUCAAGGUAUGGCAGCUAGUAGUCUUCGUUGUAUUGCUUUCGCGUAUGCAGAAGUUGAUGCUCAAGGGCUAGGAGAUGAUGGAGAAAACAGCGAGAUAGUGGUAAAAGACAAUGGUUUAACAUUGUUAGGACUUGUCGGUAUUAAGGAUCCGUGUCGUCCUGGGGUGAAGACUGCGGUGGAAGCUUGCCAACAUGCUGGUGUGAAUGUAAAAAUGAUUACAGGUGACAAUAUUUUCACUGCAAAAGCUAUAGCAUUUGAGUGCGGAAUUCUUCAAGCUAAUCAAGACACAGAUGAAACCGUGGUUGAAGGCGAGCAAUUUCGCAACUUCACACACGAAGAAAGGUUAGAGAAAGUUGAAAAAAUAUGUGUGAUGGCAAGAUCAUCUCCAUUUGACAAACUUCUAAUGGUUCAAUGCUUAAAAGAAAAAGGGCAUGUAGUUGCUGUAACAGGAGACGGUACAAAUGAUGCACCGGCAUUGAAAGAAGCUGAUAUUGGACUUUCAAUGGGAAUUCAAGGUACAGAAGUUGCAAAAGAGAGUUCAGAUAUAGUUAUAUUAGAUGACAAUUUCGCAUCUAUAGUAACAGUUUUGAAUUGGGGAAGAUGUGUUUACAACAACAUCCAAAAAUUCAUUCAAUUUCAAUUAACAGUGAAUGUAGCUGCACUUGUUAUCAAUUUUGUAGCAGCAGUUUCAGCAGGUGAAGUUCCAUUAACAGCAGUUCAAUUAUUAUGGGUCAAUUUGAUUAUGGAUACAUUAGGUGCUUUGGCUCUUGCAACAGAAAAACCUACAAAGGAAUUAAUGGAUCAAAAACCUGUUGGUAGAACAAAGCCUCUUAUAACUAACAUUAUGUGGAGGAAUCUUCUGUCACAAGCAAUCUACCAAAUAAUAGUUUUAUUGACUCUACAAUUUAAAGGUGAAACUAUUUUUGGUGUGACAUCAAAGGUGAAUGACACAUUGAUUUUUAAUACAUUUGUUCUGUGUCAAGUGUUUAAUGAGUUCAAUGCAAGGAAGUUGGAGAAGAAGAAUGUGUUUGAAGGAAUAUUUAGAAGCAAAUUGUUUAUGGGAAUAGUUGGUGUGACAUUGGUGCUUCAAGUAGUGAUGGUUGAGUUUUUGAAGAAAUUUGCUGAUACAGAGAGAUUGAAUUGGAGAGAAUGGAUUAUUUGUGUCGGUCUUGCUUCUGCUUCUUGGCCAAUUGGUUUUGUUGUGAAGCUGAUACCUGUCUCUGAUAAACCAUUACUGGAUUUUCUGAGUUUGAAGAAGAGAUUAUGA